CGCGAGUCGUGUCCGAUCGACUGCAAGGUCUAUGUGGGAGAGUUGGGCACAAACGGCACCCGACAGGAGUUGGAGGACGCCUUCCGCUCCUAUGGACCGCUCCGUAACGUAUGGGUCGCCACAAACCCACCGGGAUUUGCGUUCGUCAUGUUUGAGGACUCGCGCGACGCGAAGGACGCCUGUCGUGCCCUCGACGGCAAAAUGAUUUGCGGCCGAAGAGUGAGGGUUGAGAUGUCGACCGGAAAGACCCGACACGACGGCAAAGGCUAUGGCGGACGCGGCGGCGAUCGAUACGGCGGUGGAGGCGGUGGUGGUUAUGGCGGUGGCGGCCAUAGGGGUGGACCGCCGUCGAGAGGGCCUCCGCGAAGAGAGGGCUACAGAGACUCGCGAAGAGAUGACUUCCGGGAGGAAUACUCUUCGCGUCCGCGAGGAAGGCGUUACUCCAGACUCAAAAUGACGAGUUUACGCAAAUUGAAUGUCAAAACAUUGAGAAACAAAUGAAUUACACUUCAAUUCACUCAAUGAUAACUUCAUGCCAUUCAAUGAAGGAAUCAAUCAAUCAAAUCAAUCACUUCCUCAAUGUCUGUGUAUUCGCCGCAAAAAACUAAUACUCGAAAUGAAUUCUCACAAUGAGUUUCCGCACAGAAAUAUGAGUCCAUUCUUCGUCUGUCGCUCACGACUGACACUUAAUAGCGAUCGAUAUCUCACAAAAACAAAAUGUCUGUCUCUUUAAUGCUGAGAGAAAUGAGACAAAGAAGUGAUUUUCAAAUGGUUGGCAUUAUUAGUGUUAUACCAAUUCUUCCACUUCUAUAUUGUGGUCGACAUAACCAUCGCAUCAAAAGCACGCUUCAUAUGAAAUACCGAACGCAACUCUGAUCACACAUUUCCACAUAUAUCCACAAUCCCUCCAACACUUUCCUCUUAAGCCUCGAUUAGUCUGUUAUAAUUUAGGAGUCAAUAAAUGCGAUGACAUUCUCCUCUCAAACAAACCCCUAUUCCUAUCGAUUCGUCAAUUGACACAAAGAGUGCAUCACUUCUUCGUGUAGUACUUCCUCAACGAGUCGUCACUUCACUUCUUGAUUAUCUUCCUCUCAAAAGGUCACGAAGUCGUUCGGGAAGUCCGUACAGACGCGGCAGUGGAGGCGGAGGACAUGUGAGGGAUGGCGGCGGACGGCCACGAACUCCUCCGAGUCGGUCACAAUCGGCGGAUUCCAAUUCGCGUUAAUCUCGACUUAACACACAUUCCGACAAUUCGACUGAAAUAAAAUCUAAAAUUCUUUGUUUAAAAGAAAUAUUUUUAAACUAAAAAACAAAAGCAAAAGUAUUUCAAAUUUCAUUUAAUUUUAUUGACAUUUCUUUUAUAGAUUUACAAAUAUUUUCGAUACGAAUUACAUUUAAAAUACACACAAUUUAUAGAUAGAUCUUAAUUUGUAAUCCGUUUCCUUC